UCUGCGGCUGUGCAAAGCCUGGACGUCGUUACCAUGACCACGACCACGACUGAACAGCGUCCUUUACUGGUUCACAGAGUGAGUCGAGGUUUCAAACUUUUCCCGCCCUCCGCGAAGCCUGACGGACACUCUCGCUCGGCAGAACAUUUGCCAUUGCGGAAAUUGUUAACUCGGUUGCACUCUGUGCGAGCUUUGAUUGAUGUCCUACGGAGUUUGGACAGUGAGGGACCGAGCUGCCGCACCCGGUCGACGGAGGGGAAAUUGAUUCUGUCAGAAUUUCCCUGUCCCCGCUUGGACUAGGAUUCUUCUCGACUUGCUAAAUUUUCAGGCAGGAUUUCGGAGCUUUGAUGGGAUCGUGAUCCAGGUGAUCCAGGUCCCUCGGUGCGCCCGCCUUUGCUCUUGGGGCUUUCUCGGAGUGCUCCAGCAGAAAUUUGAGAACUUUCUAUCGCAGGUUGCGGGACGGGAGGUGGUUGUGGCAGUGCUCUGUGUCUAGUGCCGCUGAGUUUCGUCAGCCUUUUGUCCUGCUUUCUUCCCUGAGACUUCUGGCACUGUUGUGGUUGUUUACAAAGUUCCCCUUGGACGAGCAUUCUCAGGGUUUGAAUUCUUCUGAGUGUUGGAUAUUCAUGUAAUGUUUUGGACUUGAGCUUUUACAAUGGCCGUCCCGGACGCUAUGGAGACUCCUCCUUCUACUCCUUCCCUGGCCAGGGGCAAGCCUCGACUAUUUAUCACAGAAAUGGUGAUGGAUAAUUUCAAGUCGUAUGCUGGCGAGCAACGAGUCGGUCCUUUUCACAAGUGUUUUUCCGCAGUAGUCGGUCCGAAUGGAAGUGGCAAAAGUAAUGUCAUAGACGCCAUGCUGUUCGUAUUUGGGAAGCGUGCCAAGCAGAUGCGUUUGAACAAGGUUUCAGAGCUCAUUCACAAUUCAAGCAACCAUCAAAACCUUGACAAAGCUCGAGUUUCAGUGCACUUUCAAGAGAUAAUCGAUCUGGAUGAUGAGACAUAUCAGUCAGUUCCAGGAACUGAUUUCACCAUUACGAGGGUUGCAUUCCGCGAUAAUUCCUCCAAGUACUAUAUCAAUGAACGUGCGAGUACAUUUACUGAAGUCGGGAAAAAAUUACGAGCAAAAGGCGUAGAUCUGGAUAACAAUAGAUUUCUCAUACUGCAGGGCGAGGUUGAGCAAAUAUCUUUGAUGAAACCAAAAGCCCAAAACCCCCACGAUGAAGGAUUCCUUGAAUAUCUCGAAGACAUCAUAGGCUCCAAUGUGUACGUGGAAAAGAUUGAGGAAACACACAAGACGUUGGAAGAGUUGAACGAGAAACGUGUUAGCGUUGUCCAACGGGUGAAGCUCUCAGAAAAGGAGAAGGACGGCCUGCAGGGUGCGAAAGACCAGGCAGAAGAGUACAUGUUGAAGGAGGCGGAGCUUAUGAAGUGGCAACGUAAAGCUGCGGAAAUGGCUAGUGAGGAAGCCAGUGCAGAUUUAGUGAAACUGAAAGAACGUGUUAGUGAACUUGAAGAAAAUCACAAGAAGGAAAGGGAAAAGUUUGAAAUUCACAGCAAAGAGAUGGGUGAAUCAGAAAGUCACCUCAAUCAACAGAUGAAACAACGAGACGAUGCGGAGACUGAUCUGAAAGCAUGCGAAGAAAAGUUUAAGACUUUUGAAAGGCAAGACUUAAAAUAUCGCGAAGAUUUGAAACAUCUGAAGCAGAAGAUCAAGAAAUUGGAAGAGAAGCUUGUCAAGGACUCUGCAAAAAUUGAAGAAGUGGAACGAGAGACCGAAGAGUCGACUACCACUAUCCCGAAGCUAGAGGAAGAGAUUGUUAAGCUGACGCAGAAGCUCGCUGAAGAGGAAAACACACUGGAAGAAAUAAGGGAGAAUUCGAAAGAUGAGGUUGAAAAAUACAGGGUACAACUUGAUGCUGUUCGAGUUGAGCUCGAACCAUGGGAGAAGGACAUUAUUGAGUGCCAAGGUAAAAUUGGCACAGCAAGUUCAGAGAGAAAGCUUUUUAACGAGAAGCACCUGACAAGUAAACAAGCAUAUGAGCGAGCCUGUAACAGUAUACAGGCGAUCAAACAGGCGCUAAUAGACAAAGAGAAAGAAUUGGGCAAUAUGACUUCUGCACUUGAAAAGAAUAGUCUGCUCGUCAUCAGUGGUCGUGAGGAAGAGCAGAGACUGCUGAUAGAAGAAGAAAAGCUUGCCACCCAAGAACAAGGAGUGAGACAACGAGUGAACGAGAUACGCUCAUCCCUAGACUCUGAGAAAAGUCAAGGAGUAGUGUUACAGGCAGUUAUGAAAGCCAAAGAGUUGAGAUCUAUUGACGGGAUUUAUGGAAGACUGGGAGAUCUUGGUGCUAUCGAUGCUAAGUUUGACGUUGCGAUCUCAACUGCUUGUGGAGGACUGGAUUACAUCGUUGUCGAAACGACUAGUGCUGCUCAAGCUUGCGUUGAACUUCUGCGCUCGAAAGGGCUGGGUGUGGCUACAUUCUUGAUACUGGAGAAACAAAAAGAUCUUAUUCAGGCUAUGAAUCAACGAGUACAGACCCCAGAAGGAGUUCCUCGAUUGUUUGAUCUGGUCAAAGUGCGAGAUGAAAACUUGCGUGUUGCAUUUUUUUAUGCACUUGGUAACACAGUUGUGGCAAAAGACCUCGAUCAGGGCACAAGGAUUGCGUAUGGUCCAGAUCGCCAAUAUGCUCGUGUUGUGACCCUGGAUGGGGCGAUGUUUGAGAAAUCUGGUACCAUGUCGGGAGGUGGAGGAAAGCCCAGAGGAGGACGGAUGGGUACCAAGAUCAGGGAUGCUAGCGUUUCAGGAGAGGCAUUACAAGCUGCUGAAUCUGAGCUAACUCGCUUAACAGAGCAGCUAGCUGUUAUUCGGGAACGGUUAGGCGUUGCCGCCUCACAGUACCAAGCAGCAGGCAAGGCAGUGGGAAAGCUGGAGCUGGAAAUUGCCAAGACUCGCAUGGAGGUGGAAGCAAUGACGAUUCAACAAAAGGAGACAUCGGACCAGCUUGGUGCUCUGAAGAUAUCAGCGGAACCAAAGAAAGAGGAGUUAAAAAGAAUUAGAGAACUUGAUGAGAUUGUCGAACGGGAGCAAGCAAAACUAGCUACAAUCGAACAUAACUCAAAAUCACUACGCGAGAAGGCGAAGGAUUUACAAGAGAAACUAGAGUUCGCGGGUGGUGGGAAGAUCCAACAGCAGAAGGCAGUGGUUGAGAAACUUCAAAAGGAUAUCGAUAAGAAAUCGACUGCAAUAAACAAGAAAAAAGUUCAAAUUUCCACAAGCAGUAAGACUAUCAAGACGCUCGAGAAGGCUAUUGAGACGACCAACGUCGAGAAAGCCAAGAGUCUUCAAGAUAAAGAGCAGAAGACAGCGGAGUUUAAAGAGAUAGAGAGUAAAGCCUUUGCACUGCAAGAAGAGUUUUCAAAAAAGCAGGAGGCUUUCAAAAAAAAGUCUGAGGAGCUGGACGUUGUUAAGAAAGCCCACAAAGAGGUUCAAAGGGUCAUAAAUGAUCUUCGAACCGCAGAGGUAGACUUAGUGGCAAAGUUGAGUGAUUUAAAGAGGUCCGCUACUGACAAGGAGAGGAGAACAAAGGAUCUGGCUCGCCGAGUCAAAGAAUUAAGCACGCAGCUCCAGAAACAUGUCGAACAAAUGAGGAAAGAACAAGUUGAGGAAGAAAUGGUGACUUCGGCCCUAGAGCAGCCAGAAGCAUGCAGUCUUCAGCGUGCAAACCAGAACGUUGUAAUACUUGAAGCCCAGCUCAAGGAGAUGACUCCUAGUCUGGAUGCUAUUGCAGAGUACCGACUUAAGGCAGCACAAUAUGAUGAACGCGUACUUGAGCUUAGUGCGGUCACAGAAGAGCGUGAUGAGAUCAAAAGGUUAUAUGACGACCUCCGAAAGAAAAGGCUGGAUGACUUCAUGGCUGGUUUCAAUGCGAUCUCGCUAAAGCUGAAGGAGAUGUAUCAGAUGAUUACAUUAGGAGGAGACGCCGAAUUAGAGUUGGUAGAUUCCCUGGAUCCUUUUGCGGAAGGAGUUGUAUUUAGUGUUCGGCCACCAAAAAAGAGCUGGAAAAAUAUUGCCAAUUUGUCAGGCGGUGAGAAGACUUUGAGUUCUCUUGCUUUGGUUUUCGCCUUACAUCAUUACAAGCCAACACCGCUUUACGUCAUGGACGAGAUUGAUGCUGCGCUGGAUUUCAAAAACGUUUCAAUUGUCGGUCAUUACAUCAAGGACCGUACAAAGAAUGCCCAGUUUAUCAUCAUCAGCUUAAGAAACAAUAUGUUUGAGCUGGCGGACCGCCUCAUAGGCAUCUACAAAACUGACAACUGCACCAAGAGCAUUACCAUCAAUCCCAAGAGCUUUGCAGUUCCAGCUCCAGAGGUAUAGUUAGGAGAACUGCGAUGUACAAAUGUACAAUAUAUCGACCUAUAUAGAUACACAGAGUGGGACUUCUUGAGUUUACACAAUGAUCCAUUCAGGCAAUCAUGGCACCUCCUGAGAGAAAGCUACGCAGAGCUCAACUAUUCUGACUUUCAGUCAUGAAACAAUUCGCUCUCCGUAAUGGUGAUAGGAAAGGAGGUAGUCCUUAGUUGAAGUUGAUAGCUUGUCGAAUGAUCGAUAUGCUUUUUUCUCAUCCACGGCUCGAAAUCGAGUCGCCUCUGUAAAUUAUUUAUUGGAAAAUAGUGUGAGGUUUUCAGCCUCAAUUGCAUC